AUGAACAAGCCAAGUUUUCAGGAUGCAGUUGUCUUUAAGUUCACGAACUUCGUCUGUGAAAGCUACAACAAAUCAUUUUUUGUGUUCAACAACUGUCGCCUCAAGGCAAUCAAUCGAAAUAAAGUUGUUUUCAAUAUGAAUGCGACUAUACUGCACCCGGCCAAUGACAUUACGAUAAGAUGCAGGCUUUUCAAAAAGGCAAACGGCUUUAAACCCUGGAUAAUUGACAGAAGUGUUGAUGUCUGUCGGUAUAUGCGAACCGGCUACGACCCUUAUCUGAAAAUAGUCUUUGGACUCUUUCAUGAUUUUUCCAACAUUAAUCAUACAUGUCCUUUUGUGACAAUGAAUAUGGGAGCAGGAGCAGACACAGGCGAUGACGGCACAAGGGUCGUAUCCGAGGCUGAAUCAGUUUAA